GGCAGGCAGGUCGGUUGAUCAGGUGUCCUGGCUGGCUGGCUGAUGGGUGGACGGCCUGACCAGCUCCAUGGGUGGCCUGGUUGCCAGCCCUGUUGCCCAGUUCCCGAGCAUUGUGGCCACUGGAAUUUCUGGGAUGUUGACGUUGUUCCAAUAGGAAAUGAAACAUCGACACCCCAGAAUUUCCCAGAAAACAGGACUUCCCCUUUCCAGCCAGCUCUGAUAGCAACUCCUGAGAGCAGCUCAGUGGUUGGGCAGAUGUCCCAAACAUGCAGCCUGCACUCCCUCCCCCAGGAGUGGUUGGACGUGAAGUGCCAUGGGCUGAGGAACACCAAUGCCUACGUGCUGGUGUAUGAUAUCUGCAACCCCGAGAGCUUCGAAUACGUGAAGAUGAUCCAGCAGCAGAUCAUGGAGAACAGGGCAGGUGGCACCCAGGAGGCCCCCAUCAUCGUGGUGGGGAAGAAGCGGGACCAGCAGAAGCAGCGCUUCAUGCCGCGUCGGACACUCUCGGUGCUGGUGAAGAAGAGCUGGAAGUGCGGCUCCAUGGAGUGCUCUGCCAAGUACAAUGGGCACAUUGUCCUGCUCUUCAAGGAGAUGCUGAGCAGUGUGCUGGCCUGGGGCUGCAAACACCACCACUCCACUAUGCGCCUCCAGGGGGCGCUGCGCACAACCAGGUGCAGCCUCAUGUGAGACAUGCUGCCCGCCACCUCCAGGGGGUGCUCCCUCUGCUCUGGGCGUAGAGUGGGGGCGGGUUGGGAACUGGUUCCCCAUCGCCACCUGAAAUGGGCUCUGUGUGCAGAGGGGACCCUCCCACCACCACCUCGCCUCUCCUGGUGCCAGGGGUUCCACUGUGUCAUCCUUCUGGGCACCUGUGCCCCAACUUCUCAGGGAUUGAACACAUGCUGCUGGCUCCAGAGCAGAUGAGAAUGGGGAUGACCUGAGCGUGGUUGUGGUCCUUAUUUAAAUGUGAAUCCCAGAGCUGGCUUAUGGUGCUGAUGCGGGGCAGUGCAGGGGGGUGCUGCGGUUGCAGAUGUGAUGGGGACAGAGAGUGGGGGGAGAGGUGAUCUGCUCACCCCCCUACCCUAAAGCGUCCACUGCUGAGUGCUGUAGCACCCAAAGGAGCUCAGGUCAGGUGCACAAGGGUUUGUGUGGAGACAAUCCCUACUGGGGAAAGUCUGCAGGGACUGAGCACAUGCUGCAGGCUCCAGAGCAGAUGCAAACAGGGCUCCAUAGCCCCCCAAACACAUUCCUUAGCUGUGACCGUUUGGCCAGCUGGUUUUAGUUUUAGGCCCAUGUUGAGGCGAGGGGCAAAAUGUUUUCAACAAAACUUUCUUUUACAAAACGUUGCAGCCUUUUCAACCAAACCAAACAUGAGACUUUUGGUCAAAAUGUUUCAUUAUUUUAUUAAACAUUUUUUUAAAUGUUUUAGUUCAUGGGGGUGGGGAAAAAAAAUCCCCGUUGCUGCCACUGCCCCUCCCCCCAACCUUCCCCUCUUGUUUGCUGAUGGAACCAAUGAGGGGUAGAGCAGGAAGCCAGGGGACAUGGCUUUUCUCUCCCUUCACCCCAACCAGUUUGGGGGGAAAUUUUCAAAAAUUAUGUUUGAAAAUUUCUCAACAAAAUAAAAUAUUUUGUGAAAACCUUCAGUUGAACCAAACAAUGGGUUCAUUUCCUGUUAGCAGAUUUAUGAAAUUGACGUGCCUGGGGGGGAGCAGCUCUGGCUGCUGCGUUGGUGAGAUCUGGUUCCCAGCAGCCGCAGCACACUCAGGGCAGCUCUUUGGCCAGCGGGCCUGGCUGUGUCAGUGGUAGCCAGACAGAACCACAUAGCUCCCUCCCGCUCCACCUCGCCCCACCCCAGUGACAGCACCAACCCUGAGCUUCCUUUCUUCCUGCGGAACUGUCUGCCAAUAUUCUUUUGGAGGGACAAUGGGGUGAUCAAUGCGGAGCCAGGGCAUGGAGCGUGGAUUGCUGGUGCUGUGCGGAUGGUAAGGUAUGAGCUCCUCCAGCUCCUCGCUUCCCCUGACAAAAUGAACUUUCAUGCAGCUGUUUUAAGGGCUGCUGUGUGGACUGUAACUGCUGUAUGAGGCCUCGGCCUGGCCCCCUGUAGCAGGGAUGGGGGAGGAAUAGCUCAGUGGUUUGAGCAUUGGCCUGCAAAACCCAGGGUUGUGAGUUCAAUCCUUGAGGGGGACAUUUAGGGAUCUGGGGCAAAAAUUGGGGAUUGGGCCUGAUUUGAUCAGGGGAUUGGACUCAAUGAGCACCUGAGGUCCCUUCCAACCCUUAUAUUCUGAUUCUAUGAAAACACAUGGCAAUGACUUCCUAGUCCAUGACUUGCUGGCCGAAGCUGAAUAGUUCAGGCCCACGUGCACUUAUCUAAAGGCACCACUUCAGAUUGGAGGAAGGGCACAAUUUUAACCAUGA